CAAUAAAUAGAAGAGGCAGCGAGAGAGGGAGAGGGAGAGGGAGAGAGAGAGAGUUGUCGCAGAGGUUGUAGCCAGAAACGGUAGAAUUGGUGGCUGCAGAAGCCAAACGGGGAAGCCCGCGAGGUCGCGCGAAUUGGAAUGGAUGGUGGGUUUCUCAUCCUCCUCCUCCUCUUCCUGCCCAUGAAUCUGCCGCCUUCCACGAAGCGAUCCGGAGUCGCCCUCCUCCUCUCCUCCAAAUCCCUCACCCUCUACCGAUCACGCCCCAAUUAGUCCUCAAGAUCGCUCCUUGCCAGCGGUUUCUGCGGUGGUGAGGGGGAGCGUUGGAGUUGCGGGUUUAGGGUUAGGGGUUCUUUCGAUGGGAGCUGGGAUGUCGAGCGACUCGGGGCCGGAGGGGGUGAGCGGCGGCCUGACGGGGCUUGGCACCCUACCGGAGGGCUGCGUGGCGGAGAUCAUGCUGCGGCUCGAGCCGGCGGAGAUCUGCCGGCUCGCGCGGCUCUGCCGCACGUUUUGUGGGGCGGCGUCGGCCGACCUCGUGUGGGAGACGAAGCUGCCGAGAAAUUACAGGUAUCUGUUGGGGAAGGCGUCGGGGGAGGACAACUCCGAGGGCCGCAGGCUUAGCAAGAAAGAGAUCUUCGCGCUCCUCUGUCGCCGUAAUGCCUUCGGUGGGGCAAACAUGGAAUUUUGCCUAGAGAAGAAGAGGGGGUUGAUUUGUAUGUGGAUAUCUUCAAAGGCAUUGUCGAUAACAGGGAUUGGUGAUAGGAGAUACUGGAACUUCAUUCCAACAGCAGAAUCUAGGUUUCAGACGGUGGCAUAUCUUCAUCAGAUAUGGUGGCUGGAGGUUCGUGGGGAAGUGGAAUUCUGCUUCCCGGAGGGCACAUACAGCUUAUACUUCCGACUUCACUUAGGAAGGGCCACCAAACGGCUCGGCCGUCGGGUGUGUAGCCCCGAGCACAUCCACGGAUGGGACGUGAAGCCUGUGAGGUUUAUGCUAUCAACCUCGGAUGGCCAACUCGCUCAAUCCAAGUGCUACUUGGACGAACCCGGAAGUUGGAUCCACUACCAUGUUGGGGAUUUUGUCUCGAGAAGCUCAGAUGCACCCACCGGAGUUAAGUUCUCGAUGACGCAGAUCGACUGCACCCACACUAAAGGGGGUCUCUGCGUUGACUCAGUUUUGAUAUGGCCGCAGGGCUUCGUCGGUCCGCCGACUGCAUCCUGCCCGCUCUUGUAGCUUUGCCGUGGGAGGUGCAUCAUGUCGUCCGGCAGAUGGUGGUGGUGUCCUGUACAUACAUAUCUACCGUCUUGAUGUUGUAAUGUGAAGGAUGAUGAGGCUUUUCCCCUUUUAAUGUUUUAUCCGUCUUCCAA